AUGUCAGCCAGAAAGGGCUAUCUGCUCCCUUCGCCAAAUUAUCCCACAACAAUGUCAUGCUCGGAGAGCCCCGCCGCGAACUCUUUUUUGGUGGACUCGCUCAUCAGCUCCGGCAGAGGCGAGGCUGGCGGGGGUGGCGGCGGCGCGGGCGGCGGCGGUGGCGGCGGCUACUACGCCCACGGCGGGGUCUACCUGCCACCAGCGGCAGACCUGCCCUACGGGCUGCAGAGCUGCGGGCUCUUCCCGGCUCUGGGAGGCAAACGCAAUGAGGCGGCAUCGCCAAGCGGCGGCGGCGGCAGCGGGGGCCUGGGUCCCGGGGCGCACAGCUACGCGCCCGCGCCUAUAGACCUGUGGCUGGACGCGCCCCGGUCUUGCCGGAUGGAGCAGCCCGAGGGGCCGCCACCGCCGCCGCCGCCNNCCCCGCCGCAACCACCCCAACCCCCGCCGCAGGCCACCUCGUGCUCUUUCGCGCAGAACAUCAAAGAGGAGAGCUCCUACUGCCUCUACGACUCGGCGGACAAAUGCCCCAAAGGCUCCACCGCCACAGCCGAGCUGGCUCCCUUCCCGCGAGGCCCGCCGCCCGACGGCUGCGCCUUGAGCACCUCCAGCGGGGUGCCCGUGCCCGGCUACUUCCGCCUCUCCCAGGCCUAUGGCACGGCCAAGGGUUACGGCAGCAGCGGCGGCGCACAGCAGCUCGGCGCCGGCCCGUUCCCCGCUCAGCCCCCCGGGCGCGGCUUCGACCCGCCACCCGCACUCGCCUCCGGCUCAGCGGAUGCAGCCCGGAAAGAGCGAGCCCUCGAUUCACCGCCGCCCCCCACGCUGACUUGUGGUGGUGGCGGCGGGGGCUCGCAGGGCGACGAGGAGGCGCACGCGUCGUCCUCGGCUGCGGAGGAGCUCUCCCCAGCCCCUUCCGAGAGCAGCAAAGCCUCGCCCGAGAAGGACUCCCUGGGCAAUUCCAAAGGCGAAAACGCAGCCAACUGGCUCACAGCAAAGAGCGGCAGGAAGAAGCGCUGCCCAUACACCAAGCACCAGACGCUGGAGCUGGAGAAGGAGUUUCUGUUCAACAUGUACCUUACUCGAGAGCGGCGCCUAGAGAUCAGCCGAAGUGUCCACCUCACGGACAGACAAGUUAAAAUCUGGUUUCAGAACCGCAGGAUGAAACUGAAGAAAAUGAACCGAGAAAACCGGAUCCGGGAGCUCACAGCCAAUUUUAAUUUUUCCUGAUGAAGCUCCAGGCAACACCGGGUUUUUUUGUUGUUUUCUUUUGUUUUGUUUGUUUGUUUGUUUUUUGCUGCCAGAGAGCCGGUUGCCUCCCUCCGUCUUCGGCCUCUGCCCAGGAACUCGCACCUGUGCCGGAGCCCCAUUCCUCCCUCCCACACUCGCCAUCUCGCUGGCCGUUACAUCUGUGCAGGGCUGGUUUGUUCUGACUUUUUGUUUCUUUGUCUGUUUGCUUGGUGCUGGUUUACUUGUUUUCUGGGGGAAAAAGCCAUAUCGUGCUAAAUUUCUAUAGAGAGAACAUAUUAUCCUAAAGUGUCGUGUGGUGACUGGGCUGGUUUGCUGUCUCGGGGUUCCUCUGCUGGAAAUGGCUCCAGUCCUCCCGAUGGAGCUAGUUUCCUGCCAGGGCGGGCAAACCUAGCCGGAAGGCCGAGGUCCCAUUGUAGGCGCUGAGGUGUCUGGCCUGAGGUCAAUGGUGCAAGGAGCCGCCACUGGCUCGCCUGCCUGGAGUGCUGGGCUGUGUUUAAUCAGGGGACACAGGCCCCUGGGUUUCUUUUCUCUUUCUUUCUUCCUUCCUCGGCAAAGAGAAGGGCUUACAGGCAUGGACAUGCAGGCUGGCAAAAGGGCUUGACUUUGGCUGAUUAGGAAAUUGAGAAUAAGAAAGAUUAAUCUUUCCUUCCUCUGUAAGAUAUCUCAGCUUUAAAGGAGAGGGAGGGGGAGAAAAGAAAGAACGACCAGGAGAAGGAAACUUCUCUUCCAGUUUGUGUUAGUCUUGCAUUGUGGGACUAAAUUAUUUCACUUACCUCUGAAUUUCCAUAUCCUUCUGGCUGUAGAUAAAUAACCUAAGGUAGUUUUGUUUAUGCGUGAGGAUUUGGGGGGGUUGUCAUUAAAUAAUUGUUACCACUGGUAACACACGACAAGCACACCGCAAUUCUCCCUAUCUUGUGGAGAAUUUUCUUUCUCAUUUUCUUUUUUCUUCUUCCUCUUUCUUUUUCCUUUCCAAAAUUCACAGAAUCCGAGGAGGGCUGGGGCAAGCGGAAUAGACUAGAGAAGGGAGACUUUGGGUUUCCUUUAUACUGUGAAGUUACAUGCAUAAAAGGGUCAAACCUGUAGGUGCAGAAAAAGAAAAAUUAUAAAUACAAAUCUGUAUAAAUGUCUAUUAUGAAAAAUUGCCAAUCUUGUUUUAUGCAAAUGCAUUCUAUCGUUAUUAUAAAUGUUAGUUCUAGCUCUAUUUACUUCUAAUCUUAAAUCAGAAUAAAUUAAUAUUGUAAUGCUGCUGUGCGUGGAAAAAAGACGAUGUUUAUGUUCUUAUAGAAGAAUAAAAGCUGUGGAAUGAAGCUUUUUAAUUUUA